GAGUAAUGGCAUGGCAAUGGAAUGAUCUGAGGUAAGGCUCACCGUCGUGAGAGAUUGAUAGAACCUCGGAAGCCUUUCCAACUCGGGAAGACCUUGCGGAUGAAGUACGAGGUUUGGAUGAAUCUAUCACGAUCCAGGGUUGUUCAAGAAGAGGUUCGAGCGUUGGAGUUGAGAGCAUAUAAGCUGGAUGAAAGUCGUCAAUAGAGUCGAAAUCAGAUCAACUCAGCUCAGCAACUUUGCAUUCAUUCGCUUUUUCUUUUCAUUCGCUUCUAAAUAACUCCUUUCGUUUAAAAACUUGACCUUAUUCAUCAUGUUCUCCAAGUCUGUUCUCAUCGCCCUCGUGCCCUUUGUAGUGGCUGGUCCCAUUGCUCCUCGACAGGGUCUCGGAUCUGGCCUUGGCUCAGGUAUUCCCAGCUUUGGAGGUUCCACGGGCGGUCUUCCUGGACUUCCCAGCUCUGGCGGUUCUACUGGUGGACUUCCCAGCAUCCCAAGUCUUCCUAGCUCUGGAGGUUCAACCGGAGGACUUCCCAGUAUCCCGGGUCUAGGCUCUGGUGGUUCAUCUGGAGGCAUUCCAAGCAUUCCAGGUCUUCCCAGCUCUGGAGGCUCAACCGGUGGUCUUCCUAGUCUCCCUAUUGGAAGUGGUGGCUCAAGCUUCCUCCCAGGAGGCUCUACUGGUGGAGACACCACAGGAGACACCUCCGGCAGUGCUUCAACCAGCGCUCCCGCUUCUCAGCCCACAGGCUCUAGCGAGACUCCUCGCGCUGAGGGCGGUUCAUCCACCUCUCCCUUCGGCAGCUUCCUUGGAUCUGCAGGUGGCAGCAGCGGUGGCUUUGGUGGUUCCACUCAGAAUGGUCUCAGCGGCGACUGCAAGGACGUAACUGUCAUCUUCGCCCGCGGUACCACUGAAAUGGGCAACGUCGGCACUGCUGCCGGACCUCCUUUCUUCCAGGCUCUUGCUCAGCAGCUCGGAAGCGACAAGCUCGCUGUCCAAGGUGUUGAGUAUGCCGCCAGUGUUGGUGGUAUCAUGCAGAUGGGUGACCAGGCCGGUUCCCAGAAGAUGGUGAGUCUUGUUAAGGAGGCUUACCAGAAGUGCCCCAAGACCAAGGUCGUCAUGUCUGGAUACUCGCAGGGUGCUAUGCUGGUUCACAACGCAGCAAAAUCUCUCCCUGCCGAUACCACUAGCAAGAUUGCUGCCGUUGUCAACUUUGGCGAUCCUUUCCAGCGACAGGCUAUCCAGGGUGUUCCCGCUGACCGCGUCAAGAUCAUCUGCCACACUGGCGAUGGUGUUUGUGCCGGUACUGCUGCUAUCACCCCUGACCACUUGACUUACAGCCAGGAUGCCAACGCUGCUGCUCAGUUUGUCGUCAGCAAGGUCAAAUAAGUGAUGCGCUGACUUGGCCAAAUCGAGAGAUGAGCGGAAUGACAUAAUGGAAAAAUAGCUGGAGCAGAGCUUCGGGUAUGGAUAGGUUUAACUUUCUCCUGUAUCUUUCAAAGUAGCUUGAAUAUGAGUAAAAUUGAUCAUGUCUCUGACGAAAGCUGAAACAACAUCCCCCUGAAAGUACUAGAAGUGCACCCCAAGACUUCAGC